AUGCCGCCUAAGACAGGAACCAAGGGGAAGAAAGGUUCGAAGGCGAAGAAGGCCAGGCCUACCGAUGACAUGACCGUCGAUCUAACCGGAAAGAUUGAGGAGCUGGAGAAACAGGUCACCGCCUUGACAGCAGAGCUCCAGCAGGAACGCGAAAGCAGAAACUACUUCCAGCUUGAAAAGGACAAAAUCUUCACUCUGUACGAAGUUUCCGCUGCACAGCUCGAGGAGGCACGCGCUAAUCUCCGCACCAAGGACCGAGAGCUCGAGGAGCUGGUUGAGAAUCAUCAGGUCACAGUCAAAACAUACCAACAGAAGAUCAAGUCAAUCCUCUACACAAACACUAACGAAGCAACUCAGCUUAAGGUCUCGUCAGAACAGGCGCUGCGAGCAGAGGAGGACUUUCACCGCGCUCGCGAGGCAGAGCUCCUUCGUGAGGUCGAUGCCCUGAAGCUGCGCAUAAAAGAGGCGUCCCUCAACUCGCAGGAUAUGCUGCGCCAGUCCAAGGAUCAACACAGCCGCUCCAGCUCGUUGCUUCGAGAGCAGUACGAGCAGCAGCUUUGGUCCAUGCAGAAGGACUUUGAACAGAAGCUGCGCAACGCCCUUCAAGAAUCGGAAGUGCGCCGCAAAGCAGAGGUCUUGGAGGUGGAGACAAACAAGAAUUCCCAGAUUGACGAGCUUAUCCUUCAGCAUGAGCGGAACUUCCAGAAGAUGAAGACCUACUACACGGGUAUAAUUACCUCCAACCUUGAUCUAAUCAAGUCCCUCAAAGACGAGCUCGAAGACAUGAAGAAGCGCCAGGUUGCCAACGAGCAGCUGAUGUUUGAAAUUGCCCAGGAGAACAGACGGUUAACGCAGCCUCUUCAGAAUGCGCUCGCCGAAGUUGAGGUUCUCCGUAAGAAACUGGAGGGCGCCGAGAAGGAGAACGCGGCCCUACAGCGAUCACAUAGUCGCGCAGAGGCGUUACAGAAGGAGCUCAAAGCACUCAUGUGGGAGGCUGACCAGCUGAAGCAAGCUCUCAAGGACACGAGCUUUGAGAGGGACGACCUUAGAAUGCGGUUCGAGGCUGCGGUCCAGGAUGUGGCGCAGCGGGGAGUCUUCCGCGAGACACUACUCGAGAGGCGAGUAGCUGCCCUGAACAACGAAUUAGAAUCGAGACAGGCCCAGCUCACCGAAGUCCUUGCAGCGGCUAAUCUAGAUGGUGCGGUGGCAGCCGCCGUUAGCAACCAGCUUGACUCUGUCCUUGAGAAUAAGAACCGCAAUAUCCGCGAGCUUUCAUUCGAGCUUGCACGCGUUAUGCGGCUCUACAACGAAGCAAUCCGAGUAUUCCGGACAAAGCUGAACGAAGCCGGUCUUCCAGUUGGCGAUCUGGACGGCUUUCGGCCCUUCGAAGUCCGGGAAGACCUGUAG